AUGUGGCAGCGGUCGGUGUGCGUGGGCCUGCUGGCCCUGGCGCUGGGCUACCUCUGCCUACUGGGCCCUGAGCUGUCCCCCUCGGCGCUGCGGCACCUCUCCGCCUCGCUGCUGGGAGGGCUGCGCCGUGCCCGCUCCCUUGAGGCCCGUAUGGUGGCGGCCUGGCAGGCGGCGAUCGUCCGCCCGGCCCGCGGAUGGGCGCGCGUCGCCGUCGGCGUCAAUGCCUGCGUGGACGUGGUGCUGUCCGGCGUCAGGCUGCUGGAGGCGCUGGGUCUGGAACCUGGGGAUGGCAGAAAUCACCUGGUCUUGAACUCCCAACAGGACCUGAAGGAAGCAUUUGCUCACUUCAUGGAGAAGGGGGCAGCUGCUGAGCGCUUCUUCAGCGACGCUGAGUCCUUCCAGCACAUCGCUCGGACGGCCUCCGAGCACCCUGGGGCACAGCUUUAUGUUGGAGGAAACGCUGCUCUCAUCGGUCAGAAGCUGGCAACAAACCCAGACCUGAAGAUCCUUCUUUGUGGCCCAGUUGGCCCCAAACUCCAUGAACUACUUGAUGACAAUGUGGUGGUGCCUCCUGAAUCCUUGCAGGAAAAAGAUGAAUUCCAUCUCAUCUUGGAGUAUCAAGCAGGGGAAGAGUGGGGACAAGUGAGAGCACCCAACGCCAACCGCUUCAUCUUCUCCCACGACCUAUCCAACGGCGCCUUGAACAUGCUGGAGGUCUUUGUGUCCAGCCUGGAUGAGUUUCAGCCAGACCUUGUGGUGCUCUCAGGACUUCACAUGAUGGAAGGGCAGAGCAAGGAGAUGCGGCACAGACGGCUCCUGGAGGCUGUGGCCUCCAUCUCCGAUAUCCCGACUGACAUUCCCAUACACCUGGAGCUGGCCAGCAUGACUGACCAGGACUUCAUGAGCAACAUCGUGCAUCAGCAGGUGCUUCCGCUGGUGAACUCCCUCGGGCUGAACGAGCAGGAGCUGCUGUUCCUGACGCAGGCCGCCUCGGGGCCCCACGCCUCGCUGGGCUCCUGGCGCGGCGUGCCGGACGUGGGCGUGGUCAGCGACAUCCUCUUCUGGCUGCUGAAGGAGCAGGGCCGGGCGGCGCGCAGGGCCUCCGACCUCACCCGAGUCCACUUCCACACCCUGGCCUACCACAUCCUGGCCACGGUGGACGGCUACUGGGGCAACCAGGCUGCCGCCGUGGCCGCUGGGGCCAGAGCCGCGGGGACGCAGGCCUGCGCCACCGAGACCAUCGACGCCAGCAGAGUCUUUCUGAAGGCUCCCCUGGAGUUUGUGACCUCCCAGCUGGAGGCCCCUGCCAGAGUGUCUCUGAACCCCGACGAGCCGGUGGUGCGCUGGCACAGAGAGGGCAUCUCCUUCCAUUUCACCCCCGUGCUGGUCUGCAGGGACCCCGUGCGGACCGUGGGCCUGGGGGACGCUAUCUCGGCAGAGGGACUGCUCUACUCCGAAGCCUAUCCUCAAUAGAAGCCUGAGAGCCUCCUCCUUCUCCACUGUGUGUGGUGUCCAAUCAGCAGGGACUGGGAUUGCAGCCAGUGGUGGCACUGAGCAGAACCAGGGUGUGCUGUGUUCUCUGGCUGGGACUGGGAAAGAGUCAAAGAGUAACUCCAGGGAUCAGCUGUCAGACGCAUUCCAGUUGCCUGGGCAAGGGGCCCAGGGCUUCACUUUUAGGUGCAGAAUGUGAGAAGUGGCUUAGCUUUGUCUAAGGAUGCUGGGAGGGAGAGGAACAUCACCAGCCCCUGCUUGGCCUGGGUUUGCUGGUUGUAACUCUGAAGGGGCUGUGUGUCUGCCAGCCCUGGGAGACAGCAGCAGGCAGGAGAAUUCCCUGCCAGGGAUCCCAGGGGGAGCUCAGCAGCACUCAGCUCUGUCUCUCCUCUGAUAAAUCAACAAUAUUAUCUCAUCCUAGCACGUUGGUAUGUGGCAAGAGGUGACCCUUCUGCUUGCUUGGUGUGAUGAUGGGUGAUGAAACCUUUUACUGAUGAAAAAUUACC